CUGAUUUUUUCUUUGAUUUUGAAGUUGAUUGUGAUUCAAGACUAUGCAGUUUUUUUUGGAGGGAUGGUCGGAUGAGACAAGACUAUGAGUUGUUUGGGGAUUUAUUAGUGCACGAUACAACUUAUCGCACUAAUAAAUAUGAUAUGAUUUGUGGCCCUUUUGUAGGGAUGAACCACCAUUGCAUGAAUGUAAUGUUUGGAUGUGGUUUUCUGAUGAAUGAGAGGAUAGAAUCAUUUGUGUGGCUGUUUAGAGCAUUUUUAAGGUCUAUGAAUGGGAAAUGUCCACAGACUAUCAUGACAGAUCAAUGUGCAUCCAUGGCUGCUGCUAUUUGUCAGGUGUUUCCAACAUCACGUCACCGUCUUUGCAUAUGGCAUAUUGGCGAGAAUUCGAAGAAGCAUAUCAAGGCGUUAAGGAAUAACAAGGAUUUCUUAGAUAUGUUUAACUGUGUGUUGAAAUACACAGAGACUGAAGCUGAGUUUGAAUUUUAUUGGACAAGGUUGGUGACUGACUACAAGUGCCACAAGAAUAGUUGGAUACAAAAGCUGUAUGACUGUAGGGAGAAGUGGUGUCCAGCAUUCAAUAAGGACUAUUUUUCAGGGGGCAUUUUAUCAUCGCAAAGGAGUGAAACUACUAACCAUUCGAUUUCAAGAAGGCUGUCCAAGACUGCAGGUCUAUGUGAUUUUUAUUCAUCGUUUGUUAGUGUAACUUCUGAAUGGAGGAGCAAAGAGAAUGGUGAAGACUUUCGUUGUACUCAAGGGGUACCCAACAUGAUGAUGGAGCACGUGAAACUUCUGUUACACGCUAGAGAGGUAUAUACGAUUGAGAUAUAUUUUUUGUUUGAGGAACAAUUCAUGAAAGGCAACGCCUGUCAUCAAGAAAUGGUGUUGAAUGAAGGUUGUCAGUUCAAGUAUCACGUAUGGCGUCCAGAUAUAGAUAUUAUAAGGCAUGAAGUCAGUUUUAAGUUGUCAACCUUAGACAUUUCGUGUAGUUGCAAGUUGAUUUCGGAGUUAGGAAUUUUAUGCUGCCAUUGUUUACGCAUUCUUCAUAUACACUGUGUUUCAAGUAUUCCUAACAAAUAUAUCAUGAAAAGGUGGACUAAAAAGGUUGCUGAUGGUAGGGAUGUGAAUACUGGUUCAAUGUUUUGUAGAGCUGGUGUCCCUCCUUCAAUUUGGGUUGUGGAGAUUUGCAGAAAGUUUCAAAGACUGAUUUCAUCUAGUCAAGAUAACAGUGUAACUAGGCAGUUCUGUGAUGAAGCAGUUGAGGAAGCAAAGAAAAAGGUUGAAGCUGAGAUUGGCUAUGUGCAUAUUGAAGAGUGCGGUGUUUCAUCUUCAAGUGGUGUCAUUCAAAAUCCUUCAAACCGGAGAUCAAAAGGUGAGCGUAACGUAAGGAGGAGUAGUGUUAUUGAAAAGAAGUACAGUGCUGCAAGGGGGAGGAGGAGUGCUGCAAAUAAAGUUGCUUCGAGUACAAAGGGUGCUGUUCAGUCGUUGGUUUUGGAAAGUCUAUCUGAGAUUGCCGGGGAUGGGUACGUUGUACAUCCAAGUUCUGGGAGUUCGGAGUUUUGUCAGUAUAGUAAUGAUGUAGAUGAUAAUGCAGUUGUAGAUUGAGAGUGGGGUUAAUACCAGUUGGUAGCUAGCUGUUUUGAGGAUAUCAAUUUACAAGUUGUUUGAUCUGUGUAUUCAAAAUUUUAGUACUUGUUGA